GUGACCGUGACCACGGUCCUAAAGGCGGUGAGCCUGUUUGUUGCACAGCUCAUCAGCUCUGUCACAGACUGGUUCCAGUCCGAACCAGCAUGGGCCAACCUAGAAGUGCUGGAGGAAACAGAACUGGGGUCCAUGAGCGACACAGGGCCAAACCUCUGUGGGACAAGACCGGAGCUGUGAUCAUGGUUGUACGACGACCUGGAUGAUUAUUGUGCAGAGAGGAGGCUGCUGAGCUGUCCUCUCUGAAGUCCCAGCUACAGGACCUUGAAGUCCCUCUGUUUGCCGUGGUAAAAGAAAACAUUGGCAAGGAGCUGGACUGCUUCAAGAAGUGCUUCUCUGGGAAGGUCUAUGUGGAUCAGAAGAGAAAUUUCUACGGCCCUAAAGAGAGAUGGAUGUUUCUCUCCAUGUUUCUGCGUAUUGGCGUGUGGAGGAACCUUUGGCGGGCCUACAGGAGGGGCUUCAGGGGAAACCUACGAGGUGAAGGACUUGUCCUAGGUGGAGUCUUUGUCAUUGGGCCUGGAGAUCAGGGUAUUCUACUGGAGCACCGUGAGAAGGAGUUUGGGGAUAAAGUGAAUAUGCUGGCAGUACUCAGAACAGCCCGUACAAUACAAGACAACAUGGCCAGAUAGACCUCAACUAUGUGCAUGAUGGCAUUACACAAUAAUGUGUGCAGCGUGCCUCCAUUAGUAUGUCUGUAUUCUUUAAGCCUGACCCAUAAGUGUUCUCUACACCAGAGCAUAGCCUGUAUACAAACGCUGCAUUUGUAAAUGUAAACCUUUUUUUUGUCUCAUUCCCCUUGUGCUGAUAUGUUAUGCAGUGUCACACGUGUGUGGUUCAAAUGUGUCACUUUAACAGUUUAAACUGACACACUGUCUGCCGCUCUGGUCCUGGUUGCGUGAUGGUCUUCUGUGUGUUUUAAUGAAGAUUUGUUUCUAAACUCUGCUGAGAACUGCUCGGAUGCUCGCACACAGAUCCAACACGUGACACGACUUGGCAUGACAUGAGGGAGAUAGAACUGUUGAAGUGAUGAAACUCGUGUUUACCAUGUAAUAAACCACUAAACCACU